UUUUUUUUUUGUCCACGCUUUAUUUUUGCACCGAAACUGACUGCCCCCCCCUCCUCCUCCCCUCUAAACUCAACAAAAUGGAGAACGACGACAAAUAUCUGCCUGAGCUCCUGGCGGAGAAGGACAGCCUGGACUCGUCGUUCACGCACGCCAUGAAACUUUUAAACGCGGAAAUUGACAGAAUCCAGAAAGGUGAGACUAAAAAGGAAACGGAGACAUACUUGGACCUUUUCACAACAAAGAACAUCAAACUCAAGGAACGAGUGCUCAUACCUGUCAAACAAUACCCGAAGUUCAAUUUCGUGGGGAAGAUUUUGGGACCUCAGGGCAAUACAAUCAAACGUCUGCAGGAGGAGACUGGAGCCAAGAUCUCUGUGCUGGGCAAAGGAUCUAUGCGAGACAAAGCCAAGGAGGAGGGGCUGAGGAAAGGCGGCGAGCCCAAGUAUGCCCACCUGUCCAUGGAGCUGCACGUGUUCAUCGAGGUGUUCGCUCCUGUGCCCGAGGCUUACCUGCGCAUGGCUCACGCCAUGGAGGAGGUCAAGAAGUUCCUGUUUCCGGAUAUGAUGGAUGAUAUCUGCCAGGAGCAGUUCAUGGAGAUGAGCUACCUGAACGGAGGCCAGGAUCACGGAGCCCGAGGCCGAGGGGGCCUACCGGUUAGGGGCCGCGGUGUCCCACCUGCAGGAGCGCACAGGGGUAGGGGAAUGCCUCCUCGUGGUGCUACCGCCAGGGGAGGUGUGACUCGAGGCGGCCCAGCCAGAGGUGGCGCAGUGAGGGGUGCCCCAGCAGGCAGAGGAGGACCUCCUGCAGCACCCACCAGGGGAGCUGUGGCACCCCGCGCCAGACUCCCAGCUGGAGGACCUCCCCAGAGGAUGCCACCACCACCUCCCCACCAGCAUAACCCUGGUGCAGCUGCUGAGGGCUAUGACGAAUAUGGCUACGAUGAGAGCUACACAGACACGACCUACGAGUCUUACGACAGCUAUUACAGUCAGCCGCAGGCAGAACCAGAAUAUUAUGACUAUGGACAUGGAGAGACCACAGAGUCCUACGAGUCAUAUGGUCAGGAUGACUGGAAUGGCACCCAGCGGACAGCUCCAGGAAAGGUCCCUCCCCCCUCUCGAGGUGGCAAGACAGCUUACCGAGAGCACCCAUAUCGAGGAUACUGAAGCGGACUCGCCACCCUUAGUGUCGCCCUGUCAAGCGCCUGUCUACCACGGCAGCUCUCGCUUUAAGAAGCCCGACAAAAGUAAUUGUCUGUUUUGUCUUUGGUUUGGUCUUUUCCUACGCCGGACUUUAUACAAGAGAGCAAAUUGGGAACUGAAAAUCGGAACUGUUUUUUGAGAUUUGACCGCAAACUCCCUCCCCCACCCCUACUUUGUCGCACCAACCAACCAACCAACCCACCCGCCCAACCAACCAUCCAACCAACCAACCAACCAACCAAAGCGGCUUUUAGAUGGGUCAGAGAUGAGAAGUUGGCAUUCUAUAUAUAUAUAUAAUUUUUUAUUUUGUUUUUUCAUUUGAGUUUUUUUGUUUUGCUGUAUUUUUUUUUCCUCUGACCCUUUUUACCCUCCUCUGGCUUUUUUUGCAUUGUUGAUCGUUAAUUUUUUUUUUUUUUUUUUUUUAACUGUUUGGGAAUAGUCGUUUCUAGUGGAAUUAGUGGCUCAUUACCCACUUGUCUAAGGAAUCCAUUUUAAUUGUUUUUAUAUAUAUAUAUAAAGAAUCUGUUGAGGGUCAGUUGCAGAUUCCCAUUUAGGCUACAUUUCAAAAUUCUGUUAAUAUAGCCAAAUAAAAGACCUUUUAAACUUUCAGUUAUGUAAUAUAGAAACAAACAAAAACCCAAAUCCUUAAAUUAAGUGAAGGCUAAAUCAGUGUUAAUGGAAUCAGUACAAUUCAUUCUUGAUUAUGGUUUGUUGUUUAAAUAGUUCUAAAACGUUGUCCAUUCAGACUUAGGCAGCAAUAUUUGUCAUUGUACUUAGAGUUUUGAAAUAUAGCCCUAAUAGACACUGUUGAGAUGGACUGUCCUCAUAUCCUCAAUUUGUUUGUCAUGUUAAAAAAAAUAAUAAUUUUAAGACUGAAGACAAAAUGUUUGUUUAAUGGGAACACGGCCGAGACAUGGUCUCACCUGUUACGUUAAAAGAAAAAAGAAAAAAAAAAAAAACAGUUCAGGUCUUCAUUUUGUGAUCUGAUUCUAUAUAAACUGCAUGCACAAAGUACACAAAGAAGGAUUGGGACAAAAAUCUCCACAUGGGUCUUCUCUUUCUAUAGAGAAGGGAUCCUGCAGCUCAAUCCGAACUCUUGUACAUAUUUUAAAACAUCCUAACUGUACUUAUUCUGCCACUAGUAUCUGUACCCUCUCCAUAAAAUGCAUUAUGCUACAUGUGUAAGCUUGCCUAAAUAGGUUACUAAAUCUGUCCAAAAGAUGUUUUGCAGCAGUUUGUCAAUAAAGCUUAGUUUGUUUUUUAUGAAA